AUUUUCACUGCAUUUUUCUUGCUCUUCAUUGAUAUUUUUCUGAAGAAAAAUUCACCUAACGUUCCUCCAGGUCCAGUGCCUUUGCCUUUCCUGGGAAAUGUCUUUACAUGAAGUGAUUAUAUGACUAUGAAUAAGUUAGCAGAAAAGUAUGGGAAUAUUUUCAGUCUCAGGAGAGGUCUUACCAAAAUCGUGUAUGUUUCCGGAUAUAAGCUGGUGAAAGAAGCUCUUGUCUCAGAAAGAUUUGCUCGUUGUGUUUCACCGUUAUUUGAUGAUAUUUACAAAGGCAGAGGACUCUCAUUUACAAAUGGCUACUCAUGGAGAAAGUACCAACAGUUUUCUGUUAGUUUCUUCAAGAAGUUUGGAGAGAGCAGAGAGACUCUACAGCAAAUAAUCCAACAGGAAUGCUACUUCCUCUGUGGAUCAUUCAGACAGGAACAGGCUCCCCUCUGACAUUGCUUGGUGAUUUCAACCUCCCCUCUGACAAGCUUCAAUCUUCUUCCCUCCUGACUCUCCUGGAUUCAUUUGCCCUGACACAUAACAGCUUCAUCCCCACACACAAAGGAGGCAAUAUCCUGGACCUGGUAUUCACCCUGGACCUGGUAUUCACCCUGGUAUUCACCCUGGUAUUCACCCCAGCUACAGACAUGACUGCUACCCCACUACACAUCUCUGAUCUACACCUGUUAUCCUUCUCUCUCCCUAUCCUACCUAAAACUACCUCUUACCCCCUUGCUCUUACCCGCCGCAACCUCCACUCUGUCUCCCCUUCUUUUGUAGCUUCUGGCAUUCUUUUUUCGCUUCCUGAUCCUAAGUCCUUUUCCUCACUACCCUUGGACUUUACCACAGAUACUUUCCUCCACUCUCUUUCCUCAACCAUGGACUUUCUCUGCCCUCUGUCCACUAAACCCAAGAAAACCUCUUCUUCUGCUCCUUGGCUUUCAGAUGUUUUGCAUCUGGAUCCAUAUGCUUUGGAUGCAUCAGAAAUCAGUAAAAGUUUUUCUUUCAAAAAUUCUUGAACGGAUUGUCUA